CAGCUGUUGGUGGUUAAAGAAGAGCAGCAGGAGUGGAGCUCCAGUCUGGACCAGGAGGACCCAGAGCCCAAACACCCCCCACACAUUAAACAGGAACAGGAGGAACUCUGGACCAGUCAGGAGGGAGAGCAGCUUCAAGGUCUGGAGGAGGCUGAUAUCAUCAAGUUCAUAUUCACUCCUGUGAAGAGUGAAGACGAUGAAGAGGAAGCUCAGUCCUCACUUCAUCAAAGACAAACUGAACAGAUGGAAACAGAAGCUGAUGGAGAGGACUGUGGAGGACCAGAACCAGACAAGAACUCAGAUGCAGAUAGACAUCCAGAACCAGAUACUAAUGAGAAGACUGGAGACUCUACUGACACUGAUGACAGUGGUGAUUGGAAGGAGACCAGAAAACCUCAGUCAGGUUUAAACUCUGUGAAUAAUGAUGAAGUUCCUGUCAGUGAUUCAAGAAGUAGUGCUGGUGGCUCAGAAUGUGGUAAACGUUUCACUGUAAGUGGAAGUCUGAAGACACACAUGAGAUUCCACACAGGAGAGAAACCUUUCAGCUGCUCUGAAUGUAGUAAAUCUUUUUCACAGAGUGGAAGUUUACAGAGACACAUGGUAACUCACACAGGAGAGAAACCUUUCAGCUGCUCAGAAUGUGGUAAACGUUUCACUGUAAGUGGAAGUCUGAAGACACACAUGAGAUGUCACACAGGAGAGAAACCUUUCAGCUGCUCAGAAUGUGGUAAACGUUUCACUGAAAGUGGAAGUCUGAAGAAACACAUGAGAUGUCACACAGGAGAGAAACCUUUCAGCUGCUCAGAAUGURGUAAAMGUUUCACUGAAAGUGGAAGUCUGAAGACACACAUGAGAUGUCACACAGGAGAGAAUCUUUUCAGCUGCUCAGUUUGUAAUAAAUCUUUUUCACGUAGGGGACAUUUACAGACACACAUGUUAACUCACACAGGAGAGAAACCUUUCAGCUGCUCAGAAUGUGGUAAACGUUUCACUAAAAAUGGAAGUCUGAAGACACACAUGAGAUGUCACACAGGAGAGAGGCCAGGCUCCAAAUGACGUUAAGGCAGCGUCUUGUGGUUUGAGCAUCUGGCUGACUCUGAUACAGAGAAGUCUUCGAGGCGCAUUAUAGUUUAACGCCUAAUUAGCAUAUAGGGAACAUGGCCCCUGUGGCCUCUGGAAAAAGAGGAAAUCCUAUCUCAAGGUGUUAUUUGUAUGUUAUGUGAGUUGUCUAUUUCUCUUUUUAUUUUCCAAAUCAAUGAUGAGUUAUGAUCUAGAAGAACGCAGCCUAAUGGUGCGUUCACACCAAACGUGGCGCGAAUUAUUCGCGCGAGGAGAUUACAUACAAAGUCUAUUCACAGACGCGAUUAGACUGGAGUGACGCGAAUUUGCGAUGGCGCGGCGCGAUUGACGCGAAUUCGCGCCAAAUCGCCCCGAACGCGUGAUUUCAAAUUUUUCAACUUCGGCGAAUUAUUCGCGUUACGCCCCAGCGCGAUAGCCUGUCAGCGUUGAGUUGCUC